GACUGAAGUAGACGUCGCGAGAUUUCCGUGAUGGCUAACGAUAACUAGCUCACCGAGCCGACUAGGUGCUGGGACACCGGGUCCUCUACAGUUGCAGACGCUGCUCUGGAUCGUAAACAGUAAAUCGGAGCGGGCACCAAAAGGACAAGCUGGCUGUUGGACUUAAGCUUCAUAACUGACCCGUGGACAGUCCGUGGCUCCCGUCCUUUAAUCGCCAGAUUUUUUUUCAGAAAACCGUUGGUUAAUUCUCCCCAGAAGUCAUCCAGCCACAUCUUGGAUCUUUAGCCCUCCAGGCAAGACAGUGGCAGAGGCAGAGCCAUCAGAGAUCACAUCAGGGCUCCAUGAGCACCACGGGGCAGCACGGGGGGAGUGUGCGUACUCGCCGAAACCUUGUCCGGGACAAGGAUCAGAGGCCAGGCGUGGGCAUGGAGGCGGCCUGCUGGCUGUCUCCUGGAGUGCUGCGCAGGCUGAUCGAGCUUCCUUCUCCCCCUCUAUCCCGGCACCAGCUCAAGAGACUGGAGGAGCAUAGGUACAGCAGUGCUGGACGCUCACUGCUGGAGCCUCUGAUGCAGCGCUAUUGGGAGUGGUUGGUUGGACAGGUCCCUUCCUGGAUUGCCCCCAACCUCAUCACCAUCAUCGGCCUGGCCACCAAUGUCUUCACCACCCUUGUGCUUGUCUAUUACUGCCCGACUGCUACUGAGCAGGCUCCUCUGUGGGCAUACCUAAUGUGUGCAGUGGGUCUCUUUAUCUACCAGUCAUUGGAUGCUAUUGAUGGGAAACAGGCCAGACGCACCAAUAGCAGUUCUCCACUGGGCGAGCUGUUUGACCAUGGCUGUGACUCUCUCUCUACAGUGUUUGUUGUACUGGGAACCAGUAUAGCAGUGCAGCUGGGCACCAACCCAGACUGGAUGUUCUUCUGCUGCUUCGCUGGGAUGUUUAUGUUCUACUGUGCCCACUGGCAAACAUACGUGUCAGGAACGCUACGCUUUGGCAUCAUUGAUGUGACUGAGGUGCAAAUCUUCAUUAUAAUCAUGUAUUUGCUGGCCGCCGUGGGAGGAUCUGCUUUUUGGCAGUCACUGAUUCCCGUCCUAAAUAUCCAGAUGAAAAUGAUUCCGGCCAUUUGUACUUUAUUAGGUGCCAUCUUCUCUUGCACAAAUUACUUCAGAGUUAUAUUUACUGGAGGUGUUGGUAAAAAUGGAUCCACAAUAGCUGGAACCAGUGUCCUCUCUCCUGUCCUACAUAUUGGUUCAGUUAUAAUUUUGGCAAUGAUGAUAUACAAAAAGUCUGCUGUCCAGCUCUUCGAGAAACAUCCAUGUCUUUAUAUCUUGGCGUUUGGCUUCGUAUCGGCCAAAAUCACAAAUAAAUUAGUUGUUGCACAUAUGACAAAAAGUGAGAUGAAUCUCCAUGAUUUAGCCUUCUUGGGGCCAGGAUUACUGUUUCUUGAUCAGUAUUUCAAUAGUUUUAUUGAUGAGUACCUGGUACUCUGGAUUGCACUGAUCAUUUCCCUGUUUGACCUGGUGCGCUACUGUGUCAGUGUUUGCAACCAGAUUGCCUGCCAUCUUCACAUUUUUGUUUUCAAAAUCAAGCCUUUGCUUAGUCCGCAGUCCAGCUAAUCACUGAGGGGACGCCAGCCGUUACUGACUCUGUCCCUUCCACUUAGUCGCACUCAUCUUCUCUUUCCUCAGUUUUACUUCUAAAGAGGCAGGAGUCGGUGUGGUGUAGAGUAUGUGCUUCUGCCAACUGAAUGUGAGGACAAAUAUUACACAAUAGGAUACUGGAAUAUUACUGUCAUUUUUUCUUUUCUAUGUUUUUUUUUUUCCACCAAUACCGAAUUGAAUUUCUGACAAAUUCAUGGCUACAAUGAGCAAAUGUUUCAGAUGAGUACAGGUGCUACUUGGUGCGUCCAAGGAGAGAAACUUAAAUGUGUUUUAACUGUAUAAGUGCAAGAAAAUAAGGAACGAAUCAAGGUUUUUGCUUUUCAUGAUAAGGAUUUUUGUAAUAUUUGCCUAACUUUAACUUUUGCUAUUGUAAAUAGGAAAUUGUUACAGUGUGCUUCUCUUAAGUUAAAAGUCCUGCUACAACACAUAUAAAUAUAUAUAUAUACAUAUAUAUAAAUUUCAUGUAUUGGAUUUUUAAAGCAACGUCAUCUUCUGCACAUGAAUCAAAACUGUGCUGCUAUUUAGUAUCAGCAAAAUGUGUUUUUGGAGGAAACAGCAGCAAUUUUAUUUCAUUAUGUAACAUAUCAGAACAUACUUUUUUCUUUUCAUUUUUUUUGUACUUCAAAAAUAUUCACUGCCAGUCCAUUCUUGAUUUAAUUUGUUGAUAUUUCAUUUUACUUUCUGGAUUACUGGGUUUUGUCCACUUUAAAGUUGGUUAAUGAGAAGGUUUUCUUUGUUUUAUUUUUUGGUUACAAAAAACAUUUUCACAAAAGGGAAAGGAGAACUAUAUUGAGUUAGAGGACUCUUUAAUGGCAUUUAUAGUUUUGCAGGUGUAUAUGAGAGGCCUGAGAUACUAAUAGUGGCCUUUGAUCUCAAUAGUAAAUUCAUGGUAGUAAUUUCACACAUUUUGAACUUUUAAUUACUAAAAUGAAAACUUGUGUUUCAGUCCUGUUACGGUUCACCAGCUGUCUCAUCCACCCCGCCCAAAAAGAAAUCUCAUGAAAAGACCAAAUCAUACCUGCACGUCUCACUUUUAUCGCCGACUUUUACUAAGAUGUUUGCACCAGCUUGGUAUGUAACGGUGUGUGGUACAUUAUUUUGAUUAAAAUUUAUCUAAUUUUCUAAGCUGCUUGUUUUUCUAUUUUACCCUUUUUUUCUUACCAUUUUUGCUUGGAUUCAGAUGUAAAUUAGGAUGAAAAUAACCAAGGCUGUUAAUUUAUAGUAAUAUAAGAACAAAUGACAGCUAAAUGAUGCAAACUUAAUGACACCAAAUUGUGACUUUUAUUUGAAUAUUCUUCUCCUUAGAUCAUCUGAUGUUUUUUUUUUUUUUUACAUUUGUCUUUUCAUGGGAUUUGUGGAUAAGAAAUACCCAGACUCUCGUCAGACUGACGAAUGAACACAGUGCAGCUGCCUGACUGAAUCCUCCUUGUGAACUGUGUCUAUUAUUGAUCUCACCGUUUUCUCCCAAACACGUCUGCUGUAGCAGAACAGGUGCACAUGUGAAUGAAUGCGCAGGAGAUGAGAUGUAAAAACAUGCUCAUGUUUUUUGUUUUUCUUUUCUUCCUUUUUUGUGAUGAUCAAGUUUAUUAAAACCCCAUCUAUUCCAUGUGUGGCUGCUGCUGCUCGCUCACUUCAGACUGAUGCCGUGUUUAAGAUUGCUGCUGCUGGAGAGGGUUUCCAUUGCUGGUCUGGAUUCAUACAGACCAGGUUAUAAUUUCCUGCUUAUGCAUUUUGUGCCUGUUAAUUUUAGUUUUUUUUUUUUUUUUUUUUUGUUUUUUUUUUUUUUUUCAAAGUCUGUUUCUUAGACUCUACAAUUUUCUUUAACAUCUGUAAUGCCAAGUGUUCAGUCUCAAAAAGUGUGCAGUAUCUCAGUUUCCGUUAAUCUAUUUCAGGAUGAUCGGGGUGUUUAAUCAUCUAGAUAUCUGAAUAUAUCUUUACAUAAGUGUUUAAAAACCUGCUCUCCCAGAACAGUUUUUUUUCUUUUUAUAAAUUUAUUUGAGAAGUGAUUUUCUGAAAAUAAAAACUUUAAUUCGGAAGAAUGUUUAAUGGGUUUUGGCACUAUACAUCAAAAAAAAGAAAAAUCUUUCUUCUACCAGUUUUUUUGUUUUAUACAAGCAUGCCAUAUAUGCCAAAUCUCUGAUUUUUGACUCAUUUUAAAGCAAUCCAGCUUGAAAUUAAACUGUUGGAAUUUAAUUGGAAAUUUUGUAGAGAAGUAUUUUUGAGUAACAUUGUUUUUAAUAAAAGAUUGACAAAAAAAUUGAGAUUUCUUUCCAACACACAAAG